GCUGCAAUGGUGGUAAGUGGCGGGGCAGCCGCCGAAGGGAAGACGACAGCUUAUGUGAUUAUAAGUGCAAUAAUGGCUGCGUUUGGAGGUUUAAUGUUUGGUUAUGACAAUGGAAUUGCAGGAGGAGUAACGUCCAUGGAUGACUUCUUGGAGAAAUUCUUUCAUAGUGUAUACGAAAAAAAACUGAGAGCACAUGAGAACAACUACUGCAAAUACGACAAUCAAUUCCUGCAAUUGUUCACUUCGUCCUUGUACAUUUCCGCCCUCGUCUUCAGCUUUGUGGCGUCCUAUCUCUGUAAUAAAUUUGGUCGACGCCUCACCAUGCGCUUAGCUGGUGUCUUCUUUCUCGUCGGUGCUCUUCUAGACGGUUUCGCCGUCAACCUCCCAAUGCUCAUCAUUGGUCGUGUCCUCCUCGGUGCUGGUGUGGGUUCCGCCAAUCAGUCUGUUCCACUGUUCAUAUCGGAAAUCGCUCCAGCCAAUAUCCGAGGGGCGUUGAACAUUCUGUUUCAACUGUGCGUGACUAUAGGAAUCCUGGUAGCGAAUUUAGUGAGCUACUUCGUGUCCAAAAUCCAUCCUUAUGGAUGGAGGAUAGCUCUAGGCCUUGCAGGGGUGCCUGCAGUCAUUCUUCUCCUGGGCUCCUUGGUCAUCACUGACACCCCAACCAGUCUUGUCGAACGUGAGAAGUUCGAAGAAGGGAGAACCACACUCAUGAAGAUCAGAGAUACAGCAAAUGUCGACACGGAAUUCGAUCAGAUCGUUCAUGCCUGCGAGUUGGCUAAACAAGUGAAGGACCCAUAUGGAAAACUCAUGAAACGUCCCAGCCGUCCUCCAUUGGUGAUUUCCGUCUUCAUUCAAAUCUUUCAGCAAUUCACAGGAAUUAACGCAAUCAUGUUCUACGCACCUGUACUUUUCCAAACCGUGGGUUUUAAGAGCGAUGCUUCAUUGCUAUCAGCCGUCAUCACUGGUUUAGUUAAUGUGUUUAGCACUUUGGUUUCUGUCUAUGCCGUUGAUAGGGCUGGAAGAAGGGCUUUGCUCAUUCAAGGAGCCGUUCAGAUGUUCAUCUCCCAGAGUAUUAUUGGGAUUCUUCUAGUGAAGGAUUUAAAGCCCACAGGAUCUUUAGGGCAUACCGAAGCCAUUAUUAUAGUCUUGCUGGUGUGUUUGUUCGUGAUGAGCUUUGCCUGGUCAUGGGGACCCUUGGGUUCGUUGAUUCCUAGUGAAACCUUCCCUGUUCAGACAAGGACAGCAGGAUUUGCUUUUGCUGUGAGCUCUAACAUGCUUUGCACAUGUUAUCCUAUGAGCUAUGCAAGCUGCUGGCAGAAGUUGAUGGAAACUGGGGUGGAGCUAGACCGUGCUGGUUUAUAUGUAAUUACUCAUGAACAUAGUGACGGACGUCCUGUAGAUGACAUUGCAAGAGAUAUAUUUGGUCAUGAUGAGUCAACACUACAAGGGAAUCCCUCUUCUGUAGCAAGUCGUAAUGCUACUUCAUCUCAACAAGGAAAUAUCCAACAAACUCAAAAUUUAGUCAAUCAAGGAGGUGGUAAGACAAUUGCAAAGUUCCCUAAUAGUUUAAAGCUUGGGAGGCACGGACCUAGUCAAGAUCCGAACAAGGAGCAUUCAACUACUAGUCGAGUCUAG